ACGAAGUGGCGGCUCUGUUAAUGUUGGCGGGAGCUAAGCCACCCUCUGACUCUCCUCGCUGUCAGUCCUGGGCUGACUGUGGUCUAGGGGGUUGCGUGUGGUGCUCCCGGUUUCGUGCAGGAUGCGGGUGGCUGUGGCCGGCUGCUGCCACGGCGAGCUGGACAAGAUCUAUGAGACUCUGGCGCUGGCGGAGCGCCGCGGCCCGGGGCCGGUGGAUCUGCUGCUGUGCUGCGGCGACUUCCAGGCGGUGCGUAACGAGGCCGACCUACGCUGCAUGGCUGUGCCUCCCAAGUAUCGCCACAUGCAGACGUUCUACAGGUAUUAUUCUGGAGAGAAAAAGGCCCCAGUGCUCACGAUCUUCAUUGGGGGAAACCAUGAAGCUUCAAAUCAUUUGCAAGAGCUACCCUAUGGUGGCUGGGUGGCCCCAAACAUUUAUUAUUUAGGUUUGGCUGGUGUCGUAAAAUACCGAGGUUUAAGGAUUGGUGGAAUCUCGGGUAUCUUUAAAUCUCAUGACUAUCGAAAAGGUCAUUUUGAGUGCCCCCCUUAUAAUGCAGCUACAAUAAGGAGUAUAUAUCAUGUGAGAAAUAUUGAAGUCUUUAAAUUAAAACAGUUGCUGCAGCCUGUCGAUAUAUUCUUAUCUCAUGAUUGGCCAAGAAGUAUAUAUCAUUAUGGAAAUAAGAAACAACUUCUUAAGACUAAGUCUUUUUUCCGACAAGAAGUGGAAAAUAACACAUUAGGAAGUCCUGCUGCCUCAGAACUUUUAGAGCACCUGAAACCUACUUACUGGUUUUCUGCUCACCUUCAUGUGAAAUUUGCAGCCUUGAUGCAGCAUCAGGCCAAUGAUAAUGGACAGCCAGCCAAAGCAACCAGAUUUUUAGCCUUGGACAAGUGCUUGCCACAUAGAGACUUUCUUCAGGUGAUAGAAAUAGAACAUGAUUCCCAGCGCUCCUGAUUACUAGAGUAUGAUAUUGAAUGGCUCACCAUUCUCAAGGCUACUAUGAUCUUAUUAAUGUGGACUGGGCACCUGUGGAAUAUGCCUGAAAAUAAUGGCCUGCAUACAAGUUGUGACAUGCUUGAACCUAGUCCGCUGGCUGGCAUGGAUCUGCUUUAUGAACAGUGGCAACAGAAGAAGCUAUCGAAAGAAGUACUGGAAAAGUUGAAUUAUGACCUUAAAGUUCCAUGUAACUUCACUGUAACAGCUGCUUGUUAUGACCCUAGCAAGCCACAGAACCAAAUGCAGCUGGUUCAUAGGAUCAGUCCUCAGACUACUGAAUUUUGUGCCCAGCUUGGCAUCACAGACAUUAACGUCAGGCUUCAGAAGGCCAAGGAAGAACAAAACUUGUGUGGUGAAUAUGAAGAGCAGGAUGCUGCAGAGAGUAAUGACUCUGGAGAAGACCCUAGUGAAUAUAACACAGACACCUCUGCCCUGUCCUCUAUUAAUCCAGAUGAAAUAAUGUUAGAUGAAGAAGAGGAAGAUGAAGAUAGUAUUGUAAGUGCACAUAGUGAUAUGAAUACACCAUCUGUAGAACCUCCUUCUGAUCAAGCUUCUGACUCUUCUGCAAGUUUUUCUGAUGUCAGGAUCUUGCCAGGUUCCAUGAUUGUAUCUUCUGAUGAUACACUGGGUUCCCCAAUUGGUAGAGAGGGGAAACCUGGUGAGGCUGUGGAGCCAGGGAAUGAGAAGGACUCAAUUGAGGUGCCAUUGAAGAGGCUGAGUGACGAACAUGAACCUGAACAAAGAAAGAAGAUUAAGAGGAGGAAUCAAGCCAUCUAUGCUGCAGUAGAUGAUGAUGAUAUAGCAUAAGUCAAUUUACUUGCCUUAGUAUUACAUGCAGAUACUCAAUUUUUGAGACUGUAUUUUUAGUUGGAUUUUUGACUCAAGACUUUGUCAUAAUGAAGUUACCAUGCAAAAAAUUUAGUGAAGUAUUAACUUUGUCUUUAGGCCUUUGUAUAUUUCAUAUACAAGCAUAUUAAAAUUUCAUAUAUUUAUUUGAUUGAGUACUUUACUUUGAAGACAUACAUUAUUCACUUUCGUAUUUUCAGCAAGCACUUACUGAACACCCACUAUGUGCCUGGCAUUCUUCUGUAAGAUGGGUAUAAAAGUAAGAGUAUUUUGUCUUCAAGGAAUUACUACCACUGUAAAUAUCUUUGUGUAUAAAAUAUGGUAUAUGCAUAUUUUGUUUUAUAGAAUUGUCAUUUUUGAAUAUACAAUUAUCUAUGCUUUUUUUCUAUUAGAAGUAUUUUCCCGGGUCAGCUCGUAAUAUCUGUCAUAUAUAAAUUGAAAUUGAAGGUGGUUGAUAAGAUUCCUGGAAAUAAAGUACUAUAAAUACUAAACAUUAAUAAACAUAAAAUCUUACCCCUCACUGCUGAGAUUAAUAUAUAUUUUAGCUUUCCCCUUAUUUGUAAUAUAACCGUAGUACUGUGUGCAGGCCAUUUGGGAAUAGUUCAGCUUAUUAAUUACUGUAUUAAUUACUGGCAGGGAUUGAAUUGCACAAAUGCUGCCCCUUAUGCUGCAUGAGGAGUUGCUAGUAUUAUAGUAUUUUUGAAGAUCCAUGUGGAAAAGCUACACCUCUGUAUUGCCUCUGAUUAAAGUACCUACGCCACCUAAGGUGAUUGUUUCCCUGCACUUUGGAUUAGGAGCCAUGGAAUCCAAAAAUUGUUUGGGGGAUUUCAUUAUCUCACAGCCAGUCCAAUCCAGGAGACAAUCCUAGAAGAAUUAUGUAGCAGUUGACUCCCAUUCUGUCAGUCUUUGAUUUUAAAAAGGCAUGGAACUUUAAUUAAAACAGUGUAGUAUUGGUGCAUGAGUGAACAGAGACCAUGAAUAGAAUGAACAGAAAGACCAGAAUAGGCCCAACAUAAAUAACAAUUUAGUAUAUGGUUUAAGUGGCAUUCAAAAUCACUGGGGAAAGAAGACCUUUUAAAUAAGUAGGAUUGGACAUCUGGAUAGCCAUUUGGAAAGAGAAAAUGGAUUCAUGCUUGGUAUACAAAUUGAAUCCAAUAAAUCAGAGAUUUAAAUGUGAAGAAUGAAACCACAUAAAUACAGAUUGAAAAUGGGGUAAAUUUCUUUGUAACUUGGGAACUGAGGAAAGUCUUUUUAACUGUAUCUCAAAAUCCAGAUACAGUAAAAGAAAACUGAUACAUUUGACUAUAUGUAAAAAUAGAUAACUUUGCAUGGCAAAGAAAAUAACAUAAUGUCAAAAGAGGAAUGACAAAAUGAAAAUAACAUAUUUUGCAACUCAGGCAAAAGGUGAGAUGCCAAGGCUCAUCCUGGCAAAAUGGAAAGAACUCUAUAUAGAUCCCUAUAAUAACACCUCUAGGACAAGUACUAAAGAUCCAUCGCCACAAAUAAAGAAAGCAAAAGCACAAGAUUAUUCAUUGUAGUGUUAUUUGUAAUAGCAGAAAUUGGAAACAAUCUAAUAAUUGUCCAUCAGGGGAUUGGUUAACCAAACAUCCCAUGGAAUGAUUUUCAACCUUAAAAAAUGAUUGUGGGAUUAUAUGAAAUAAUUAGAAAUAUGCAAAUUCAUAGUCGAAAAUUAGAAUACAGGUUACCAGGGGCUGGGUGGCAGUGGGAAAUGGGGAGUUCAUUCUUAAUUGGUACAGAAUCUCUGGGGUGAUGGAAAAGUUUUGGUAAUGGAUGGUGAUUAUAGUGGCACAACAUUGUGAAUGUAUACAAUCCACUGAACUGUAUAUCUGAAAGUGAUAAAAUGGGACAUUUUUGGUUGUAUAUAUGCUACCAGAAUAAAUUAAAAAAAAAAACAAAAACAUAGAAAUGUACAACAUGAUGA